AUGGGUUUAGUAAACAAGAUUUUUAAUUCUUUUUCAGGAUUAUACAACAAUAUAAAUAUAGUAACAUUUAGUGGAAUAAAUGAUAUAAUUGUUGUUAAAGAUCAAUAUGGUGAACUUAGAUGUUCUGAUUUUCAGUUAAGAUUUGGUAAACUUUAUUUCCCCAAUAUGAAAAGUCAACAGGUACAUUUAAUAGUUAAUGGUAAAGUUAUACACGAUAUUCCAAUGUUCAUAACUCCUCAAGGAGAGUUAUUCUUUGAGAAACAUGAUAACACUGAUGAGGAUAUUCAAUAUGAUGAUAUACUAGGAUAUAUUAAUACACUAGAUAAAAUUAAAAAGGACGGUAUUGAUGACUAUUUAUCGAUGCAUUUUAGUAAAAUGAAUUUAGGAAAUUCUAAAGGAAGAGAAGAUUUAGUCAAAAAAACAAAAAAAUAUGUUAAUUAUUACCGCACUGAACGUAUGCUAAAUUUUGACAAACGAACGUUUUUUUUAGGUUACAAAAAAAUUUUAACUGAUAAUUUUUACGAGGACCAAGCUAUGAAAAUAGGUAAAUUUAGUAAUUUAUUUAACUCUACAGAUUAUUAUAAUUGGUGUAUUACUAGAUUUAGACAAAUAUUAUUGUUAUUUAAUGGAUUAUUUCAAUAUCCUCCCAGUUACAAAGGCCCUAAGGUGUGUGAUGCCAAUGGAUGUUGCGGUGCAGAAAUUACGUUUUCUAAGUGCGCAGAUCGUAAAUUUGCGCAUUCUAUUCAUAAAACGUUCGCUUCUUUUUUAUGUAAAAAUUUAACGGAAGAAAAAGGUAUUGUUGUACGAAUAACAGGAUGUUCAAAAUGCAAAGGAGUAUUUUACUUUCCGUAUGUUUUAUUUACAAAAUUGUUUUUUGAGUUAAGAGGUGUUACGAAUAGCAGAUCUAGAAAACUUAUGGAAUUUUUAGAAAAUCAACAUAAUAAAUCUGUUGGAUGGAAUUUAUUUGGUACGAAGAAAGUUCUUAAAAGAGAUAUUUCUUAUUCAUUAAAGUUAAAUCAUAAGGAAUUAAGUAAAUUGGAUCUUAAAUACGGUAAAAAUACUAUUAUUUUUAAAGUGGGUGGAGUAAAUAAACAGUUAGAUGGACAUAUCUACUUUUGGGAUUAUGACGAGAAGGUAAUUAUUAGCGAUAUAGAUGGUACAAUUACUAAAAGUGAUUUAUGGGGACAUAUCUACUGUUUAAUAGGAAAGGAUUGGACACAUGGAGGUGUCGCUAGUUUAUACAGUAAAUUAUAUAGAAGUGGAUAUAAAAUAAUGUACUUGACUGCACGCCCACUUCAACAGUCAUUUAGUACUAAAAAAUAUCUUACAAAUGUUGAUCAAGAUGGAGCGAAAUUACCCGAUGGUCCUAUAAUUUUAUCUCCUGAUGGAUUAUUUGCUGCGUUGUACAGAGAAAUUAUUAUAAAACGACCUGAAGAUUUUAAAAUUGCUUGCCUUGAGAAUUUAAAAGGAAUAUUUGGCGGGAAUAAUCCUUUUGUAGCAGGUUUUGGAAAUAGGAUUACUGAUAUCAUAACUUAUAAAUCAAUUGAAAUAUCUCCUAUACGCAUAUUUACAGUCAAUGAAUCUGGAAGACUGUAUGGUGAAUUUAUAGGAGAACUUACUAGUACUUAUAAAUCUCUUAAUGAUUUUAUGGAUUCAUUAUUUCCACCAGUAAAAAAGGGAGAAUCGCCAUUUACAGAUCAUGAAAUAACUGAUGGGUUUUAUUGGAAUUAUUGA